CCUGUGUCUCCCUGAGAGACUUGUCGCUGCCUUCUUUCCAUCUCCUCAUGAAGCUGUUGGGAUCAAAUGCUUGGCGUAACUACGCCAUCUUUAGGGUUUUUAGGGCUCGUUUCUGUAGCACCAAAGUCAUAGAGCAAUCUUCUGCGCCAAUUGAAGACAAUCUGUACCGUCGGAUUUCCGGCGCUGAAAAUUGGGUUGGUUCGAUGGCUCCCGUAUUAGACCAAUGGCUCGAGGAAGGAAAAGAAGUCAAGCAAUCUGAGCUUCGGAAGUUUAUCCAGCAACUUCGAAAGUACCGUCGGUUCAGGCACGCCCUCGAGAUUUCCGAAUGGAUGAGUGAUCAAAGGAACCAUGUUUUGUCAACUGGAGAUAUUGCUAUUCGGCUGGAUUUAAUAUCAACAGUUCAUGGCGUGGAGCUGGCGGAGAAGUAUUUUGAUAGUAUUCCCGAAACUAUGAGAACCUUCCAGGUUUAUGGUGCGCUUUUAAGCUGCUAUGCACGCAACAGAUCUUUGGAAAAAGCAGAGGCCACAAUGCAAAGGAUGAGAGAGUUUGAGUUAGGAAAAUCAUCAUUGACGUACAAUGUGAUGUUAAAUCUCUAUUUUCGGCUGGGAAAACAUGAGAAGCUAGACAUCUUAAUGCAAGAGAUGACAGAAAUGGGCAUCAAGUGGGAUAAAUUCACUUACAGCAUCAGACUGAAUGCUUAUGCAGCUAGUGCUGAUGCAGAGGGAAUGGAGAAACUGUUAAUGAAGAUGGAAUUUGAUCCCCUCAUCUCCAAGGAAUGGAAUACCUAUGUUGUUGCAGCAAAUGGUUUCUUGAAAUCUGGCCAGAAUGAAAGGGCUCUGACAAUGUUGAAGAGAGCAGAGCAACAAAUUCGCGGAAACUCUAUGAGGUUAGCUUAUGAAUCUAUUAUCACAUUAUAUGCUGCUUUAGGGGUUAAAGAUGAAGUGUAUCGUCUAUGGAAUUUGUACAAGAAUAUUGGAAAAGUUAUAAAUUCAGGCUACCUAUCUAUGUUAAGCUCAUUAAUGAAGUUGGAUGACAUUGAUUUUGCUGAGAAGCUUUUGGAGGAAUGGGAAUCUGGGACAACACUAUUUGACGCUCGAAUUCCAAAUUUGGCAAUUCGUGCUUACUGCAAGAAGGGUCUUCUGGAAAGGGCUGAAGCUUAUUUUAAGCGGCUUAUGGAGAGUGGGAAAAAGCUCGACGCUACCACAUGGGACUGCUUGGCAACUGGAUAUUGGAUAAAUGGGCAGACAGCAAAGGCUGUGGAAACACUGAAGAAUGCAGUUUUGGCUGGUCGGCCUGGAUGGAAGCCCAACAAACAUACUCUGACUGUAUGUCUGAAGUAUAUGAAGAGGCAGGGAGAAGAGGAAGGGGCCGAAGAGAUUUUGAGGUCACUGGAGAAAGAUGGUUAUAUAUCGUCCCAGCUUUAUGAUCAAUUGAAACAUGAUAUUAAUGAUGAAAUUGUCAACUCCAAACCCCUUAAUCCGAUUGAAGGGGAUGAGGGCGCUUGUGAUAGCGAAGUGCAGAAGGUCGUGGAGUUCAAGGAUGAGAACAGUAAAUGAAGGAUAGGUGCACUUCUAGACGGAUCUCCGAAUGCAUUAUUGUGCUUUACAACAAAUUUCUCCCAGACACGCUAAAGAAAUGGUUUGUAUUUGUGAGAUUAUUUUAUGCAAUUAGGAUGAUAAACAAGCUGUACCAGGUUUUACGGUGACUAUGCAGGGGAGAAUUGCCUUAUUUUGGUUGAUUCCGAUGUGUUAGCUGGAAUGUCACCCUGCGUUAUCUUACCGUAUUAAGUUUUGGUCCAGGUCUCAACUGGUCCAUGUUGUAAAAUGUUAAGUUCUGCCGUUUACUUUUCUUUCUUUUUUUCUAGCAGACAAACAGGCUACAUAGAGAAAUCAUUUAGAGAUCGAAACCUGCCUUGAACUUUAGGUGCUAGUAUCCAAUAUACAAUAAGCAGAAUAAAUAAAUAGUAUACAAAAGUAUGGCUCUCAAUAAACACCAAAAAGAGCCAAAAAAAACCAUACAUAUGCAGAUUACAGUCUCCAUCCCCGAGUAGGACCUGUCUUUCACAUAUCAUCAAUAUAAUUAUGUGCCCCACAUUCAAUUUUCAGGAGAGUUCUAACUGAUGACUUCUUUACAGUCACCAACACCAUUAGAGGAAAAACAAGUUUUAAGGAGGCAAAAGAUUGUAGUGGCCAAAUACAUGUGUGUUUGGCCUCUAAUUCUCCUUAGAUGUGCAAAAUAGUUAUAGAAAAGUUUGGUUCCCUGAAAUGACUGAUAAGGCUGAUCUACCAUUUCAAGCUCAACAGAACAUCAGAGCCAAGCUUGGAAACCCAACAUGUCAAUUCUGAAUUUCUGAUUAUGCUACGACCCCCGCUCACCGACCUCAUAAAGUAUGAAAAAUGUCUUUCAAUUUUAUUACCCUCAUUUUAAACCCAAGUCAUCCAGAAGUGUUUGAUGUUAAGAGAGUUUUACGGGUUCAUAGUCAAUGGUAUUCCGCGUGCCACAUGAAUGAUCGUGGGCAAAAAUGGAGGAAAAUUUAACUCAAUGCAUUACAUCAUCAAACUUUCCCCCUGUAUUACAUUAGUCAAAUAAGGAUCACUUUAAUAAAAAAAAAAUAUAUGAUAUCUGCAUAGUAAAAACUAGGGGGAAAAACCCCAUCAACAGGGGAACAAGAAUUAUAGAAGAAAAACUGUUUGAAGAAAAUAAAUAUCACAGAAGUACCAUUCUCUCUCUCUUUCACUUCUCACUUAUCGAGCUAAAUAAAGAAAUUCCAUAAAGUAAAAGAAAAAAA